CUAGAGGCUGCGUUCGGCGCGUGCGUGAUAAAGGCUCAGUGCUCCGAGGCGCGUGUUUGUUGUGUAGUUUUGUGUAAUUUUGUGUAGUUUGUGUUGGUCAUCACCACAGAAGCGGCUUAGAUGUAGAAGCGCAAGAUGGCGGAUCUCUCUCUGCUGCAGGACUUCCAGGAGGACACGGAUGGAUUGCUGGACUUCGUGUCUCAGGAUGAGUUGUUGACUCCUCUGGGUCGACUGGACAAGUACAUCAGCAGCGAGAACAUCUUCAACAGGCAGAUGGUGGCCCGCAGUCUUCUGGACACACUCCGGGCCGUCAGCGAGGAUGAGCACGAGUGUGUGUCUGUGCUGGAGCGGAUCGACAGACUCGCAGAUGACUCAGAGCCGACGGUUCGAGCGGAGCUGAUGGAGCAGAUCCCACACAUCGCCAUCUUCUGUCAGGAGCACAGACCUUCCAUUCCCUUCGCUUUCUCCAAGUACCUGCUUCCCAUCGUGGUGCGGUACCUGUCCGACCAGAACAACCUGGUGAGGAAGACGAGUCAGGCGGCGCUGCUGGUGCUGCUGGAGCAGGAGCUGAUGGAGCGAGGAGACGUGGAGAGUCUGGUGUGUCCAGUGCUGGUGGAUCUGACCGCUCCCGACAGCAGCGACGACGUCAAGACCGAAGCCAUGGCGAUCAUCUGUAAAAUGGCUCCGAUGGUGGGGAAGGACGUCACCGAGAGGCUCUUCCUCCCGCGCUUCUGUGAGAUGUGCUGCGACUGCAGGAUGUUCCACGUGCGCAAGGUUUGUGCGGCGAACUUCGGAGACAUGUGCAGUGUGGUCGGAGGAGAGGCGACGGAGGAGCUGCUGCUGCCGCGGUUCUUCCAGCUGUGCUCUGAUAACGUGUGGGGGGUGCGCAAGGCCUGCGCUGAGUGCUUCAUGACCGUCUCCUCGGCCUCGUCUCCAGAGGUGCGGCGCACCAGACUCUCGUCUCUGUACAUCAGUCUGAUCAGUGACCCGUCACGCUGGGUGCGUCAGGCUGCGUUCCAGUCCCUCGGUCAGUUCAUCUCCACCUUCGCCGGCCGCAGCAGUAACACCGCUCAGUUCUUCAGAGACGAGUGGAGCGGGUCACAAACACACAGCACAGACGCAGACGGUGUGUGUCCAGCGCAGGACUCUGUAGACGUGGCAGAGGAGGGCGGAGGAGAGCAGACGGCCGAGGUGGUGAGCACAGACGAGUCCUGCUGCACAGAUACAGACACAGACUCACAGAAGUGCCUUCCUGAGCAGACACAGGAGAUCCCGGAGCAGGAGCUCUUCAACUCCUUCCAGUACUGGAGGACACCCAUCCCACGGAUCGACCCGGAGCUGGAGCUGGAGCUGGAGGAGGACAGGCGGACCUCAGCCCCGGCGCUGGACAGGAAGCAGCUGCAGGAGCUCAUCGAGAACCUGGAGCCACACAUCGACGACCCCGACGUCAAAGCACAAGUGGACGUCCUGACUGCUGCUCUGAGAGCCACGGCGCUGGACUCUGCACUGGGAGAUGCUUUCCUGGAGCCUCGAGCCGCUCGAUCAAACCCUUUCAGCUCCCAGCAGCCCUCAGAACACCUGUCAGCCGACACACAGAGGCGUGGCUCCUCUCUACACCUGACGUGUGAUGAUGAUGAUUCUGACGUGAGUGACAGCAGCCUGAGUGCUGAAGACCAGCAGAAAUCAAAACAGCAGGAUGUGGUUCCCCAGGCGCUGCUGGAGCAGUAUCUGUCGAUGACGGACCCGUCUCGUGCUCAGACUGUGGAUAUGGAGAUCGCGAGGCACUGUGCGUUCAGUCUCCCGGGAGUCGCUCUGACCCUGGGACGACAAAACUGGCACUGCCUGCGCGACACCUACGAGACGCUGGCCUCCGACAUGCAGUGGAAGGUGCGCCGGACGCUGGCGUUCUCCAUCCAUGAGCUGGCUCUGAUUCUGGGAGAUCAGCUGACCGCUGCUCAUCUGGUGCCCAUCUUCAACAGCUUCCUGAAGGAUCUGGACGAGGUUCGCAUCGGCGUCCUCAAGCACCUCUACGACUUCCUCAAGCUGCUGCAUCAGGACACUCGGAGGAAGUAUCUGUAUCAGCUGCAGGAGUUUCUGGUGACGGAUAACAGUCGUAACUGGAGGUUUCGCUCAGAGCUGGCCGAGCAGCUGGUGCUGCUGCUGGAGCUCUACAGUGCUCAGGAUGUUCAUGAUUAUCUGCGGCCGCUGGCUCUGUGUCUGUGUUCUGACCGCGUGUCGUCUGUGCGCUGGACGUCCUACAGACUGGUGAGCGAGAUCAUCAGGAAGCUGUCGUCGUGUUCGUCUCUGCUGGUGAGUUUUCUGGGAGAGCUGGUGGAGAAGUUCUGUCACUCUCAGAAGUGGUCCGGUCGUCAGGCGUUUGCCUUCGUCUGUCAGCUGUCUAUAGAGGAGGAGUGUCUGUCUCUGGAUCAGUUCUCCGAGCAUCUUCUUCCUCCUCUUCUUCAGCUGGCGUCUGAUCCGGUUCCUAACGUCCGUGUGCUGCUGGCCAAAACCCUGCGGCAGACUCUGCUGGAGCGAGAGUAUUUUGUGAGCUCGGUGAACGGUCAGCAGGAGGCGCUGGAGCACACACUCGUCUCUCUGCAGACAGAUGUGGAUAAAGACGUCAAAUACUUCGCCAGCGUUCACCCCAGCAGCACACGUCUGAACGAGGACGCCAUGAGCACCACGUCCUCCACCUACUGACCCGCUGGCCCAGAAUGCACCUCUCUGACUUCACCACAGAAGCCUUAAUCGUGUCUUCCUCCUCCAGAGAACACUUGAGCGUCUGCAGACUCUGAUCUCAAGGGCUGAGCGUCGCUCUUUUAAUCGCAGCACAUUGUUGCUCAGACGGACGCGGCGUUUCGUUUCUCAUGAACGUUUUUAACUGAACACUCAACAGAUGAGCAAAGAGUUUUAAUGAUUCUGUACAUACAGCUGUGUUUGUGAUCAUGGAGAGUGCUGAUCAUAUUCUCUUAAUCUGUCCAAUAAAGUUUCACACAAAA